AUGGGAGGAUUUCAGUACUACAAGAACAUGAAAUCUUGGGAUAAAGAUCAAUUCUUCAAAUACACCCGAAUGACCGUUGCUGCUUUUGAGAAACUCUUGCAAAAAAUAAAACACCACAUAGAAAGACAAUUAAGAUCUGAUGGAAUCUCCCCAGAGGAAAGAUUGGUGAUAACACUGCAAUAUUUAUCUCAGGGCACAAGCAUGCAAGCUUUGGUUUGGAAUUUUCAUGUUGGACAUGCAACUGUUCACUGCAUUGUGAAUGAAACUUGCCAGGUACUAUGGAAUGUUCUUAGUCCUAUUUAUUUAAAAAGUCCUAACACUGAAAAAGAGUGGAAAGAUAUUAGUGAUGGUUUUUGGAGUAGGUGGAACUUUCCAAAUUGCAUAGGGGCCCUGGAUGGGAAGCACAUCAAUAUUAAAGCACCGGCUAAAAGUGGUUCAUUGUAUUUUAACUACAAAAAAAACUUUAGCAUUGUGCUUUUGGCAGCCUGUGAUAGUGCAUAUAAAUUUACAUUAGUGGACAUUGGUGCUUAUGGUUCUAGCAGUGAUGGGGGUGUUUUUAAAAAUAGUGUGUUUGGACAAAGGUUAGAGGAGGAUGACAUGUAUGUACCCAAAAACAGCAAUUUGCCAUUUUCAAAUGUUCAAAUGCCUUAUUUUUUUGUGGCUGAUGAGGCAUUUCCUCUAAAAAAAGUUAUAAUGAGGCCAUAUCCAGGAAAAAAUUUAUCAAGAAUACAAAGAAUUUUCAAUUAUCGGUUGUCAAGGGCACGUCAGCUAAUUGAAAACACUUUUGGAAUUUUUGCAGCACGUUGGCGAAUUUUAAAAACCAACAUAAAUGCAAAAGUAGAAAAUGUUGACAAUAUUGUCAAGGCAGUGGUUGUUCUUCACAACUAUUGCCAAACAGAGCUGUCACAUGACUACUGUCCACCAAACUAUGUUGACACCGAAGGAAUGACAAAUGGAGGUUGGAGAGAUGAGCAGACUCCUCUAACUUCUGUUGGUAGAUUAUCUACUAAUGUGUCCCGUAGAGAGUUCUACGAAAAUAGAAACAUUUUAGCUGACUAUUUGGUUUCAGAUGUGGGAAAAGUUUCUUGGCAGGAACAAAUUAUUGACAGUGGCUUAUUAUUAAAUUAA